UGCACUACUGCGCAUGUGCGGAAUUGAUUCGGCCGUUUAGCGUAGUUUAGCGAGAGAUCAUCUGAGCUGGUUGAGAUUUCUUCACCCGAGGGAUAAACUGAGCCUGUCUUGUUGCGUUUUUGGAGCCGAAGAUGCCGAAGUCGAAAGAAUAUCUGUCUGACAGCGACGACAGCAGCAGCGAGGAGGAAGUAAAGUCGAAGAAGAAAACGCCGAAGAGAGGCAGGGAUGUAGAUGAUAAAGCGGCGAAAGACGAGACGAAACCAGAGAAGAAAGCAAAAACUGAUGACGACAGUAUUUGGGAGUUGGGUAACAAUCGUCAAGUAAAUGUAAGAAAUUUCAAAGGCAAAUAUUACGUCGAUAUUCGAGAGAUGUAUUACGACAAGGAUGGCGAUUUAAAACCUGGGAAAAAAGGUAUAUGCUUAACUAUGCCACAAUGGCGAAAGUUCAUGGAGGUUGUGGAAGAAGUGGAUAAAGUAGCGAAGUCAAAGUGUUAAAGUUGUAAUUCUUACGAAUUCUGAUUGAAAAAAAUGCUUUUCUUUCAUUUCGUUUUGUAUUACAUUCACAGGUUUUUCAAUUUGCGAAUUAGAAAAAUAUGCAACUGUUGUGUAUUUUUUUUAAGUACCAGAUUAUAAGUUAUUCUGUGAAAUU